AUGAAUAAUGCAAGAAUUGAUCAUACGGCAUCUGUAUUACCGAAUGGAAAAAUAUUAGUUACUGGUGGUUGUAAUGGUUCUCUUCUGAAUAGUGCUGAGUUGUAUGAUCCAGCAACACAAACUUGGACAUUGACUGGUAGCAUGAAGAAUGCACGAAGUUUACACACAGCAUCUAUAUUACCAAACGGAAAAGUGUUAGUUACUGGUGGACUCUAUGUCAGUCAAACUGAAUCCUGUGAUGUAUCAAGAGAAUCGUUCACGAUACUUGAUAAAAUCAGUAAUGUACAAAACAAUUCGAAAGUCGCGGUAUUAACGAAUCGAAAAGUAUUCGUUGAUGGUGAAGAUAUUGGUAUGAAUACUAUUAACAGUGUUGAACUGUAUGAUCCAUUGACAGGAAUCUGGACGACUGCUGGUAGCAUGAAUUUUGCACGAGGUGGACAUACAGCGUCGGUAUUACCAAAUGGAAAAGUGUUAGUGAUUGGUGGACUUUAUGUAUGGAGUCUACAAAGUGCUGAGUUGUAUGAUCCAUCAACAGACAUAUGGACUAAUACUAGUCUAUUGAAUUAUCCACGACUUUUUCACCAAACCAUCGUAUUAUCAAAUGGAAAAGUUUUAGUUGCUGGAGGAAUUUUUGAUGUAACUGUAGGUACGUGUGAGUUGUAUGAUCCAUCAACAGACAUAUGGAACACUACUAGUGCGUUUAAUUAUCGCCGAGUUUAUAACGCACUCGUCGAAUUAUCAGAUGGAAAAGCAUUAAUUGCUGGAGGACGUUAUAUUAAUUUUCUAACUAGUUCUGAGUUAUAUGAUCCAAAAACUGAAACGUGGACAUAUACAAGUCAGAUGAAUCAAUCACGAGCAUGGCAUAUAGCAUCAUUAUUAACAGAUGGAAAAGUAUUAGUUACCGGUGGAUUUAGUGAUACUUUAAAUGAUGUAUUAAAUAGUUCGGAGUUGUAUGAUCCUUUGAAAAAAAUGUGGACAACCACUGAUAGUAUGAAAACUGCACGACUAGGACAUACAGCAUCUGUUUUAACAAAUGGUAACGUCUUAGUUACUGGUGGAUAUGGUAAGGAUGAGAUUUAUCUGGAUAGUGCUGAAAUGUAUGUCGUAUCGACGGAAACAUUGAUCACGAUUGGUAAAAUGGAAGAUAUCGGAAAUGAUCACAAAGAACCGUGCAUACAACAAUGCGAUAUCAAGAAAUAG